CUUUUGAACCUAGCGAAACCCCCCAUGGAAUUGCACACCGAGUUUACGUUGGCACAGGAAACAUAUACAACUUGACAAAAAGAAUAUUGUUUUUCGUGAAUGCCCGAAUGCCAAAAUAUUGCUCGCCCACGAUAAGAAACGCACUGUUAUCAUCAUGUAAGCAAACGCAGAACACACGGGGAAUCGGCUCACGGCGUAAAACGCUUUGCACAACACAUCAAACAAUCACAAUCAGCUGGUCAUUGGAUUCUCGGUACGCGCGUGUUGUCACAAAGUCAUAAGACUUUGUAGUCUUCGUGCGAUGGGGACGAGCUUUGCACGAAUGCCAACUGGGCUAUCAGUCGGUCGGUCAACAAUUGUUUUGUUUGUUUUCGUUCAAUCUGUUAUCGGCGUUACAUUCAGUCGGUCGUGUAAUCCAUUUCGGUCCAUCAAUGAUCUGCGCGAUUCGAAGACACCGACGCACCCGAAUCGGGCCCAACUGACGCCAAUAAGCGAACAGUUCAUCAUGUCUGAAACGAUAAAAUCGUGUUGUUAUUGCUGCUGCACCUGCUACCAAUCCGGCGCCUGCUGUGCCGGCUUGUGCUGUUUCGUGAUACCUAUUGCUGGCCUACUUCUGAUACUGGCCGGUAUUGUGGUGGCAUUGCUGCUUGGCUUUUCUUUGAUCCACAGCGAAGCGAAAGAGUACACCGUUGGCCGGCUGGUGACGAUGCUCGGCAAUACGACGCAUGCGACGGGACCCAACGGUACUGUCCACUGAGGGACCCUAGGCACAGAAUGUUAUAGAGUCCGGUGGCUGAUGUUGUACGCCUGAUAGUAAUUUGUGUACAUAAUAGAU